AUGUCGCGGCGCUGUGCGGAAGUCUUUGAUUGGAUUCAGGCGCAGCCUGCGGCCCCUCAAAAGCAACCUCGGCAUGCGGAGGGGCUGGAGUUGCUGGCGGCACCCCGGGGGCAUUCCGCGCGGAAGUCCGCCUCCGCGUUCCUCUUUGGAGAUACCAGCUUCAAGCAGAAGCGCGCGCAGGUCCAUGAUUGGAUCUCCCAGGAUUCAGGGCUUCAGUACCAGGAGGAGGUUCUGGGCACCGGCGCUGAAGCCACCGCUGGCAGCACGGUGAAGGUGAACUACACUGGGCGCCUGGUGAAUGGGCUCGUCUUCGACUCUUCCAAGUAUCACGGCAAGCCCAUCAGCUUCGAGCUCGGAGUGGGGAAGGUGAUCCAAGGGUGGGACGAGGGCAUCGAGGGCAUGCGCGUGGGCGGCCGGCGGCGCUUGCGGAUCCCCGCAGACCUGGGCUACGGGGAGCGGGCGGUCGGCAAAAUCCCUGCGAACUCCACUUUGAUGUUCGACACCGAGCUGGUUGAUGUGACGCCCCCGGGGGAAGACCCCAACACUGCAGAGCUGCAGCAGCAGCUGCGCCGGGAAUUGGAAGCGACCCGCCGGGAGCAGAACCGCCAGGCCUACCGUCGCGCCAGUGAGGUGGCAAACCAGGCGGCCAACGACUUCAACCAGGCGGCCAAUGACUUGGCGCUCUGGGCCUCGGCUGGAGGGGAGGCGUCCGAAAGCGAGGAGGAGGAGGAGCUUCCGGAGGUGGCGGAGCUGCGGGAGCUGCUGCGGCCCUUAGCCUCCCAGCGCCUGGCGAGGCACCUUCAGGAGCACGCGGAACUCUUUGACCUGGUGCUUUCGAACCGGGACAAGGUGGCUUUUUGCGCCGGGGAGAUGCUCUUCGGGCGGCCGGAGGAGGGCGCGACGAUGACCAGGUUUUGGCUUCGCAGGAAGCCGCCCGGGCGCUUCCAGGUGGAGGCCGGGGGCUUGGACCAGCGCCCGGAGGCCUUGGAUCUGCGGGAGGAGGAAGAGGAGCAGCAGAUGGGCGCCCACAGCGGCGACGCCUGGCUGCGGAUACUGAACCUCAACGACGAGCCCAGCGUGCUGGAUUUCCUGGUGGACUGCGCCACGGGCUGCGGUGUGGAGGUGCUGCCGGAGGUCAUGGCGCUGAUGCUUGUGGUGCCGCAGGCGCUGGAGAUGGUGCUGUUGGUGGCCUUUGACCAGCCGAAGGCUAAGAACGAGGGCGAGCGGAAGCGCAGGUCCCGGAAGUCCACGUCGGCGUAUUUCGCGCCCAAGCCUGCGCCCGACGGUAGCCGCCGUGUGAGGGUCGUGGCGACGCAGCUUGUGCCCCACACCGUGGCCGUGCUGCGGCGGGUGGUGGCUUGGAGGUCCUUAGACCUCCGCGUUGACGCACUGCCGGACAUUGACGGCAACGUGAACGUCCUUCGUGUGGAUAUCAAGGUGCCAUUGGAUUUCCGGGCCUUGAGCAAGCACUACGAGCGCGUGGGCAAGCUUCUGAAGCACUACGACCUGCUCUCGGUUCGCGCCUGCGACCAAGAGGGCGAGUGCCUCUUCACCUUCCGAAUCCAGGACGGCUGGAUCCAUGUUUGCUUUCAUUUGAUGGAUCAGCAGCUUGCUUGGCCCAGCGAGGGCAAGCGCAAGGCGCGGCCGCUGGUCUUCGGCGACGGCAUCAGGCUGAACUUGGAGAUCCAGAUCUCUCUGCUCCUCAUGGGUCUCAGCUUGCCUGCGGUGGCGCUGCCCAAGCUCUUCCUCCAGCUGGACGUGAAAGCUGGCCGAAUCGAGGCCACGUGCCAGCAGGCAGGCGAGGAGGGCGCGUCUGUGGAGGUUCGGCCAGAAGAAGACUGGACUUCACAGGUGAUGUCCAGCAUCUCGAGCGCAGCGUGGUCGGCGGCUGAAAGCGCCGCGAACAUGGCCUACGACUUCCCGCUCCUGAAGCGCUUGUUCAAGGAGAGAUUCCGCUUCGCCCUGAGCUUUGAUCGCGGGGAAGGCGAGGCGGCGCGGUUGCGCACCGCGCUGGAGCUGGCCAUUCCGAAGAGCUCGGCGGCGGAGGUUGUCACGCAGUGCCUGAAGCAGUUCCUCACUGAGCAGCUGAAGAAGAUGGACGUGCUGCAGCUCUUUCGCGACUUGCUUGCUGCAAUCAGCAAGGAUUUGACGGACCUGGCCUUGCCAGCGGAGGGGCUUGGGGCCCUGCGGCGUUUUAAUCCCGCUGCUCGCUCGCCUCUUCCCAUCUCCGCUUGCGCGCUGCUCGACAUCGCCGAGCGGUUGCCGCGAGCGGGCUGCGACGGCCUCCUGAGGCCGCAGGGCGGGCAUGUCAGUGUCUCCUGCCGUGUCCGGCCGCUACUGAGCGGCGAGGUCUCAAGCGGCGUGACGCGGGCUCCCUGGGUGCUUACGGACAAGUCCAUCAGCCUCAAGGAGCGGAGCUUGACGCGCGCGGACUCGGACCUCAGGGAGGACAAGUCGCUGAAGACUCGGACCGAGCUGCGGAGCCUCGAGCACCUGCGUCGGCCUGAUGGGGAGACCAUUAUGGACCACGUCUUUGGGGAGGAUGUCUCAACCCAGCAGGUCUAUGACCAAGCCUUCCGCGGCAUCGUUUCUGGAGCCGCUGAGGACGGCAUGAAUGGGGCCAUCCUCGCCUACGGCCAGACUGCCAGUGGUAAGACCUUCUCCAUCAGCGGGGCCACGGCCGGAGCUCAAUGUGAGGAAGGCGGCGAGAAGGGCAUCAUCCACUUUGCGCUGGAGGACCUUUUUGCCCAGCUCACCAGCAAGGCUGGGAAGGGUAUGGAGUACUUGGUACGGAUGUCCUACUGCGAGCUCUACAUGGAGCGAGUGAACGAUUUGCUUCGGAAGAUUGGGCCGCAGAGUCAGAAUCUCAUGGUGAAGGAAGAUCCGGAAGGCCGUGGUUUCUAUGCCGAUGGCCUCAAGGAGAAGAUUGUGUCUUCGGCGCAAGAGGUGCUUGCACUGUUCGCGGAAGCUGAGAAGCGUCGCCGGGUCGCACACACCCGGUACAACGAGGUGUCAUCGCGCUCGCACACGCUCCUCACGCUCACCGUGGAAUGCUCCGUUCCCCUGGAGGGCGAUAUUCCGGAUGCCUCUGUCACGCGCGUGGGGCGGCUGGUGAUUGUUGACUUGGCCGGCAACGAGCGGUUAGAGGCGGGAACGGAGUACGUGGCGGAGUCCAGCAGCAUCAACAAGAGUCUCUUCUUCCUGGGGAAGGUGAUCGAAAAGCUGGCGGCCCGGGACCGGCGGCUUCCCGGGGCCGUGGACGACGGGGACCACAUCCCCUUCCGGGAUUCCAAGCUGACCCGCCUACUCUCCGUGCACCUGGGCGGGAAUUCCCAGACCGGUCUGCUGGUGACGCUGACACCGGCGGAGGAUGCCGUGGAGCCGAGUUUGACGACCCUCAGAUUCGCCCAGAAGGCCGCAGAGGUCCGGUGCGUGGCGAAGCCUGUGCUCAUCAGCAAGGAGCAGUCCCUGAUCGUGAAGCAGCGGGAAAUCAUUCAGCAGCUGCAUAGCCAGGCGGGCACACUCCAAGUCUCGGACUGCAGCGACCUCCAUGGCAUUGGCAAGUUCUGCAAGAAGCAUCGCGGCAAGGCGGCCACAGGGCCAAGCUGCAGCUUCUCCUGCAGCAGCAGGGGCCACAUCAAAGACUUCCAGAACUCGGGGGAAAUGAUCAUCGGUGGAGGCUCCACUGCGCAGGAGGCAGAUGAGCCUGAGCAAGAGGCACAAAAGCCAGACCUUUCCCAGCCUCUGGAAGUAUCGGACUGCGUCAACGUGAUGGGCAUCGGAGAGUUCUGCCAGCAACAUCCAGGUGUCCAGGCAAAAGGGCCGACCUGCACCUUCUCCUGCAGCGCCGGGGGUGAUGUCAACAACUUGCAGAACUUCGGAAGCAUGUCAAUUGGCGGUGGCUCCAGUGCGCAAGAGGCAGAUGAGCCUGAGCAAGAGGCACAAAAGCCAGACCUUUCCCAGCCUCUGGAAGUAUCGGACUGCGUCAACGUGAUGGGCAUCGGAGAGUUCUGCCAGCAACAUCCAGGUGUCCAGGCAAAAGGGCCGACCUGCACCUUCUCCUGCAGCGCCGGGGGUGAUGUCAACAACUUGCAGAACUUCGGAAGCAUGUCAAUUGGCGGUGGCUCCAGUGCGCAAGAGGCAGAUGAGCCUGAGCAAGAGGCACAAAAGCCAGACCUUUCCCAGCCUCUGGAAGUAUCGGACUGCGUCAACGUGAUUGGCAUCGGAGAGUUCUGCCAGCAACAUCCAGGUGUCCAGGGGAAAGGGCCGACCUGCACCUUCUCCUGCAGCGCCGGGGGUGAUGUCAACAACUUGCAGAACUUCGGAAGCAUGUCAAUUGGCGGUGGUUUGAUUCAACAUCCAUUCCAAGUGUCUGACUGCAGCAACUUGCACGACAUCCACAAGUUUUGCAAGAAGCAUCGCGGCAAAGCAGCCACAGGGCCAAGCUGCAGCUUUUCCUGCAGCAGCAGGGGGCACAUCAAAGACUUCCAGAACUCGGGGGAAAUGAUCAUCGGUGGAGGUUCCAGUGCGCAGGAGACAGAGGAGCCUGAGCAUGAGGCACAAAAGCCAGACCUUUCCCAGCCUCUGGAAGUAUCGGACUGCGUCAACGUGAUUGGCAUCGGAGAGUUCUGCCAGCAACAUCCAGGUGUCCAGGGGAAAGGGCCGACCUGCACCUUCUCCUGCAGCGCCGGGGGUGAUGUCAACAACUUGCAGAACUUCGGAAGCAUGUCAAUUGGCGGUGGUUCGAUUCAACAUCCAUUCCAAGUGUCUGACUGCAGCAACUUGCACGACAUCCACAAGUUUUGCAAGAAGCAUCGCGGCAAAGCAGCCACAGGGCCAAGCUGCAGCUUUUCCUGCAGCAGCAGGGGGCACAUCAAAGACUUCCAGAACUCGGGGGAAAUGAUCAUCGGUGGAGGCUCCAGUGCGCAGGAGGCAGAAGAGCCUGAGCAGCCUGAGGAGCCUGAGCAGCCUGAGCAGCCUGAGGAGACUCGACAACCUGAGGAGACUGAGGAGCCCAAGGUGCAAAAGCCAGACCUUUCCCAGCCUCUGGAAGUAGCGGACUGCGUCAACGUGAUGGGCAUCGGAGAGUUCUGCCAGCAACAUCCAGGUGUCCAGGGGAAAGGGCCGACCUGCACCUUCUCCUGCGGUGCCCAGGGUGAUGUCAACAACUUGCAGAACUGGUAG